CAGAAAGAGUCUGAAACUGCGGCGGCAGGAGCACGACCUCUAUGUCAACUUUAUUCUACAUGUCGGAUUGUGUCAGUGGGGUUUUUGUCAUGUGCUUGGUUCUGCAGUCCGUUUCCAUAUCUGUUACAGCAUUAUUAUGCGUAAGUAGGUAAUGUACUGAGGGUUGUUAUAGCUUCCAGACAAUAUUUUCUGCCAGCCUGGUCCCUGUGUGAUAACAGAGCUGAGGGAAAUAAUCUGAAUUUUGGAUUAGUUUUUAAGUUUAAAUCAGAACAAUGCAGGAUUACGAGGAGGCCGUGUCAUUUUUGGGGAGCUGGGGCCCGUUCCAGAGGAAAAGCUUCUUGGUUCUGUGCCUUGCCACCGUUCCGUGUGGAUACAACCUGCUGUCCGUCAUCUUCCUGCUGGCCAGCCCCCCGCACCACUGUGACAUCCCUGCCCACAGCAACCUGAGCCAGGAGUGGAUCCAGGCCAGCAUCCCAGUACAGCAGGUGGCUGGGCAGCCGGAGAGAAGCAGCUGCAGCCGGUAUGAGCUGGACCUGGUUAGGAACCUGUCCGCAAUGGGAGCCAGUCCAAACUGGAUGCAGAACCAGUCUCUGCAGGGAUCGAGGCCAGAGGUCCAUCUAUCACAGCUGAAACAGGAGGGAUGUAAAGACGGAUGGACCUACAGCACUGAGUACUUCCAGUCUACCGUGGUCACUGAGUUUGACCUGGUGUGCAGCGAGCAGUGGAAACAGCCCCUGACUUCUCUCACCUACUUUCUGGGAGGACUUGUCGGAUGUUUUGUCUCCGGAAUAAUAUCUGACCGGAUCGGCAGGAAGCCUGUCCUGUUCGGGUCCAUCGCCGUCCUCAGCGUCUUCAGCACUGCGAUGGCUUUCGCUCCAUCCUGGCCUGUUUUCAUUGUUUUCUUUUUUAUGCUGGGCAUGGGUCAGCUUUCCUGCUACAUAGUUGUCUUUGUACUGGGCACAGAAAUCCUUGUGGGCUCCACCAGGAUCUUCUUCUCCAGUCUGGGCAUGCCUCUUGUCUAUGUGAUAGCCAUGAUGCUACUGACAGGUACUGCCUACCUGGUCAGGAGCUGGAGACACCUGUCGCUCAUGAUGGCUGUACCUGGCCUGGCUUGUAUCCCCCUCUGGUGGAUGGUUCCAGAGUCUCCUCGCUGGCUGCUGUCUCAAGGCCGCGUGCAAGAGGCCGAGCUUCUGCUGAGGUCAGCGGCUCUGAAGAACCGAGUGGAGGCUCCACCAGUCAUUUUCCUCCCUCCCAAAGCUGAGAAAGCUGGAAGCCAGAAGGCAGAGUCUGUCAGCUUCCUGGACCUGCUGAAGACUGCAAACAUUCGACAUAUAACCGUGAAGCUGUGGCUUAUUUGGUUCUCUACGAGCGUCAGCUACUAUGGCCUGUCCUUCAGUAUGUCCACUUUGAAUGGCAACCCCUUCCUGAACUACUUUCUGCUCACAGUUGUCGAGGUCCCAGCAUACUUUGCCUGCUACCUGGCUGCACGCUGCUUUCCUCGCCGUCUUACACUUAUCAGCUUCUCCCUGCUGGGGGCGCUAGCGUUGCUCUUAAUCCAAGUUACCGUACACAGUAAUCCCACUCUUACCUUGAUCCUGGUACUGUUGGGUAAAAUAGGUGUUCUGGUUGCAAAUGCGAUGGUGUACACCUACACUGGAGAGCUAACUCCGACAGUCAUCAGAAAUACAGCAAUGUCCUCCUGUGCCAUGUUCUCUAGAGUGGGUUCCUCUGUGUCGCCAUAUCUGCUGGAAACGGCUGAGAUCAAUGAGCUCCUGCCAUGGAUCAUUGCGGGAGCUCUGUCGCUUUUCAGCGUUCUUCUCUGCAUCUUCCUGCCAGAAACGUUCAGACAGCCACUGCCUGAUACCAUCGAGCAGAUGCCGGUCACACAUUGGUUUGCAUGGCCCUGUGGCUCCAAAGCUGCUGUAAAGGAAGAAGGUAAAUUCUCUAAAGAGCAGCCUUCAUCACUUGAGAUCAUCUGCACAACUCGUUUAUAGGGCACCUGAUUUAAAAAUCAGUCUGCGGACAACAAAAGCCUUAGCUCAGGAUACAUGUAGAAUUUGAGACUUGCUUCUUUGCAAUGUUCUAAAUAUUUUAGGAAACACCUGCCCUCCUAUGAAAAUACUUUUUUUCCAAGAAAGAUUCUGGGUGUUAGUUCUUUGGAAAAUUGGCUACUCUUCUGAUAUAUA